AGGGACUAUAUAUAAUGGGUAGCAAUAGCCUGUUAAGUAUUCAGUUCGGGGCUCAGCACCAUCCAGUGAAGGACCAUCUCGUCUCAUCUAGCUAAAGAAGCGGACCAGGACCAAAAUGAAGAUCACCAUUUGCUUUCUGAUUGCGAGCGUCCUGCUUAUCGGCUGUUCGUCUACGCCUUGUGAAAUAUUAGAACCGCCUUGUGAAGGACCUCCCCCGCCUUGUAGUACACCCACAACUAAAAAGCCCGUCACCACCAAAAAACCUGCCACAACUAAGCGAACUACAGUAAAAACUACCACUAAGGCUACCACUAAGGCUACCACUAAGGCCACUACUAAGGCCACUACUAAGGCCACUACUAAGGCUACCACUAGGGCCACUACCAAGGCUACUACUACUAAAGCUACCACAGCACCUCCUUGUACCACAACUGUACCCACCACGGCAACACCCACUACUAAGGCUACCACAGCACCUCCUUGUACCUCCACCACGGCAAAACCCACCUCAAAGCCUACUACGAAGAAACCCACCACAAAACCAACUACGAAGAAACCCACCACAAAGCCUACUACGAAGAAACCCACAACUAAGCCUUCUAAUCCAGGCUGCGGAUGCAAGUCAUGUGGACCCGGUGGUGAAACUUGCCCAGGAUGCCCCUCCAAGAGCGUUUUGUGCCAGGAAUUGUUAAAUGACAUCAAGAAACUGGAUACCAAGAUUAGACAAUGCGUCUGCGGAGAGCCCAAAUGGAUGAUGUAAGAUCUAAUCACUGGAUUUGGUGAUUAGCCAAGUUCUCAAUUUCAGUUUGGAAAAAGGUUUUUUUUAAUAUAUGUAUGUAUGUAAACAUGCCAAAUUCUGUGAAAGUGAAAUUAAGAACUUGACUGACAUAGGACAAUGUGCGAUCACCUUAUAGAAUAUUUUUUUUUGUUUUGUUACUACUUUUAUAUUAAAAUAA